AUGGCUUCAUCCUCCACAGAACCUGAGCCCACAACCAAUAACCCGGCCAGCAACGGCAGACCCCAUGACAGCGCCAGCGUAUCAGAAAGCAACAACGAAUGCUGGACCAAAGAACUGGCACAAGAAAUCGACUCCAUGGCGAAAAGAAUGGAAUUCAUGAAGGAUAAUCUGUCCAAGAUUCAGGAUGAAUUUGUCAUCCUUCGCAGAUCCUUCGAAGAUAUCCACAAAAUCCUCAACCACCUGAAGGAGCUGGUGCCCCACGAAGCCACCUCUGACGCCUCCAUCUAA